AUGUUCGAAAGCAACGUUAUCGAAACGACUACAACUACAACGACAACUACCACCACUACAACAACUACAGAAGAACCGACAACAACAGAAAUCCUAACUACUUCGGCGCAGACAACUGAACCUACAGAGAAUGAAGAUGGAGGACUAGAAUUCAAACGAAAUCCGUUCACCCCCUCGCUGAGAAGUGGCGUUCAUUCGGACUGUAUGGAAUGCCACGGAGAAGACAUGGCAACCUGCCGUGGUCGAUCAUCAACAACAUGUGCCGGUCCGAAUGACGUUUGCCUGGUCACCCUUCGAUCGCGCACAGGAACAACCGAGCCAUUGAUCUAUUCUCGAUGUGCCCCUCUCAGUGUGUGCUUGGACCACGAAGCUCAAAAUUUUAUUGGUCCCGUGCCUCAGUGCCGAACGAAACACUCUGCAAGGUUCAGUCGAGGUUCCGUGUGCUCAUUCUGUCAUAAAUUGGGCGAUACCAACACGAUGUUCCUUCUGGGAGCUAAUGAAAUCGAAACGGACUCAACUGGAUCAACAACGGUGUCGAUCGCGACUGCUCUUUCUAAUCCAGAGCUUUAUUUCUCGAGCUCUGGUGCGAACUAUAUUUACGGAUCCCAAGGCUGGUACUAA